UGACAAGGGCAGAGAGAGAGAGAGAGAGAGAGGUGGGAGAUGGAGAGAGAAGCGGGGUAUUCCUGCUCCGUGCUGUUCUGCGUAGGUUCGACCUUCCACCAGAGAGAUCCAAAAGAUUCACAAUGCGUGACUCAUCUGAACCUUUUGCAAGAGAUGGACCUGGAUGUGAUCGUCUGGCAUGUCCCCUUCAUUGACAUCCCAUGCUGCUUGACGCACUGAUCACUGGAGACGUGAUGGAUAGACUGUGUGUGGACACUGGGAUUUCUCUCUGCGUGCUUGCCGUAACCAUUUCCAGCGAUCCAUGUGUCAUGUAGACUGACUCUUCAGUUUCACUCUUCUACUCAGCACACAAUGUGCCUUUCUCUGAGGGUAACAGCGUUGCAUGUCUACCAGAUAUAGUAAUAUUACUGUCUGUCGUCCUUGACGGAUUUUCUUUCGCUCGCAUUGUCGUUUUGCCUUCGAAGCUGCCUCUUGUUGAAUGUAGUCAAUGAAAGCAGGAGCAUGCUUUCAUGCAGGUGCGGAGAGGUGGGCAUACGUCUGCAUGCUUAAUAUAGGUGUGAGAGGACUACAGAACAGCAAUACGAAGAGAACGUAAUGGAACUUGAGGUAUGUUUAAAAGAGCACAAAGGAGACUAGACGAAAUUUGGGGGGUUACAGUUCAGCACUUAUCUUUUGACAUGAAUUUCUUUGGCUGACUGAUGGAUCUGCGCUAGACGCCAUUGAACGAGUAAAGACCAAUUUUCAAUUUCUGCUCUCGAUCCGUUAAGGGAAUUCUGGACCACAUGAACCGAACCGGCCCAUCUCAGUCAAAAACCACCUACCUUAUCUCCCUUACCCUGGUAAAGGUAGAGACCACUGAGGAGCAUGAAUUGGAGAACACCAGGCACACUGUGGAGGGAGAGGUGCACGACGCCGGUGGAACGAAACAUCUCCAACAUGCUGGAUCCGACAAUGAGGAGCAACAGAAAAUGGGUGAGGCUUUGCAGCUGGAGGCUGGAGAAUCUAUCAAAAUCUCAGCGGAACAGGAUAUACUCCAAAGCCCAAGGGAGGACAAAGCACUUUUUACAGAUGGCGUUCACCCUGGCGAUAGGCAAAAAUCAAUAAUCUCACCCACUGCAGAAAACGAACGGGCCAGAGAAUCCACUGGAGUCACUCAAUCUUACGUUUCGCGAGAUGUCCCCAGACAUUUCUGCGACGUCCCGGUUCGUGCGACCCAGCGUCCGGUCUCUCUCCUUAAAGCUCACGGCAGUGGCCGUGAAUUGAAAGAGUCCAGAGAGAGCAUCCAUGCCUCUUCCAAAAGCCUCGACCGUAAGGACAGCAGAAACAGGAUCCAGUCCCCAAACAGCCCCACUCCCGGGUCAUUUCGGGCAUCUUGGGCCGUAAGUGAGGUGAAACCCUGUGAUGAAGACCUCAAAGGGGUUGGGAUGAAAAGGCCCACUGAAAGAGAUAUAAUAGCCAUGCGAACACAGAGCCCUCGAGCAGAGAGAUUAAAGGCAGGAUCCACAUCCCUGCCCACCCCGAUCGCAUUGAUAUCCAAGCCUCAACGCAAAGGGAAGAGUCGAACCUUGGACAACAGUGACCUGAACUGCCUCUCCGAGGACCUCUUGAAGAGCAAAGGUGGCCAAAUGACAUCCGACUUUAGGACAGCUCAGUCCCAGGGGGCUUCGGCACGUGACCGAAAGAUGCUGAGAUUUAUUAGUGGCAUUUUUACAAAGAGCACUCCAGUUGCGACCAGUGCCACCAUUGUGACCCCAAUCUAUAGCUCCAUACAGAGAGAAUCCAGUGAGGAAGAAGCAUCAUGCAACAACAGCCAGGAAUGGACCCUGAACCGCUCUGUUCCCGAGCUGAGACUGGGGGUUCUGGGUAAUAUUCGCAGUGGAAAAACAGCACUGGUGAACCGAUUCAUCACAGGAAGUUACCUUCCACUUGAAUCACAUGAGGGUGGAAGAUAUAAAAAAGAGGUGUUGGUGGAGGGACAAAGUCAUUUAUUGCUGAUUCGAGAGGAAUCUGGCCCUCCGAGUGCACAGUUCUGCAACUGGCUGGAUGGUCUCAUCAUGGUUUUCAGCCUGGAAAAUGAAGGCAGUUUUCAAGAUGUCUACAAGAACUACAGUGAGCUAAGCAUGCACCGUAACAUAGCAGAAAUCCCCAUUAUAGCGGUUGGAACGCAAGAUAAGAUUAGUAGCACUAACGCCCGUGUGAUCGAGGACAAACGCGUGCAACAGCUCUGUAUAGAUAUCCGGCGCUGUACUUAUUAUGAGACCUGUGCCACCUAUGGACUUAACGUGGAUCGAGUAUUUAAUGAAAUGACCCAGAAGAUCGCUGCUGCCAAGAAACAAGCUGCACUCCUGGCCUCCUGUAAAUCUCUCCCGAACUCCCCGAGUCAUUCAGGAGCGUCCACUCCGCUGUCAGGGCCCGGACAGGCCAGUAAUGGGGGUCAGAGUAGUGAUUACCCCUCCUCUUUGCCUUCUACCCCUGUGAUAACUCACAAAGAUAUUCGGGGUGGGGCAAGUGGAGACGGGGGCUCUCAACGAAAUCUGCCCCGGCGACGGACCUCUUUGUUUGCGAACCGUCGUGGCAGUGACUCUGAAAAAAGAUCUUCUGAUAGCAGAGGUGACGUGAGCAGAUCUGUUCCUAUCAAACAGGGGACUUUGUGGAAACGUAGCGAGCGCUCUUUAAACAAGGAGUGGAAGAAGAAGUAUGCAACUCUGUCGAACAGCGGCAUGCUGACGUAUCAUUCAAACAUAAAUGAAUAUUUGCAGAACGCUCAAGGAAAGGAAAUGGACUUAUUGCGGGUCACGGUAAAAGUGCCGGGUAAACGUCUGCAUCGCGCUGCAACCCCCAGUGGACCGGCUCCUGGUCCUGUUCUCGUUCCGGUACCCGGUGUUAAUGGACUUAGUAAAGACAAGCAGCCUGAAGGGGGCGCUACUUCAAAUCUUCUGACUGUAGAAGAGGCAGCAAGAACCGGUUUGUCAUUUCACAAUGACCAGAAAGUGAAGCGUUGCCCAUCGUCUGUGUCUAAUAAAGGGUUCAGUAUGGACUCGAGCACUGAGGGGGCUACAAGUCCACCCUUAGGAAAAGACCACAUGCCUUCUUCUCCGUUGACUGACAGGAAGAAGAAAAAACGAAACAGAAGUAUUAACCUCAAAGGAGACGCAGCGGCCGGGCAAGCUGAAGCCAAGCGCAAAAUGUGGAAAUUAAAAAGCUUUGGUAGCUUGAGAAACAUUAACAAAACAGAAGAGGAAAGUGCGGACUUUAUCAUCAUAUCCAGUACAGGACAGAGCUGGCACUUUGAGGCCCAGAAUCAAGAGGAUCGAGAUUCCUGGGUUCAGGCUAUAGAAAGCCAAAUCUUGGCAAGCCUUCAGAGUUGUGAGAGCAGAAAUAAGGCACGACGGAGCACCCACAGUGAAGCUGUUGCCUUACAGGCUAUGCGUAAUGCCAAAGGGAACGACCUCUGUGUGGACUGUGACGCACCAAAUCCAACAUGGGCGAGUCUUAAUCUCGGGGCUCUGAUCUGCAUCGAGUGUUCGGGUAUACACCGAAACCUGGGGACGCACCUGUCUCGUGUCCGCUCGCUAGAUCUGGAUGACUGGCCCAGCGAGCUCACAAAAGUGCUUACGGCUAUAGGCAACCAUAUGGCCAAUAAUAUAUGGGAGACCUGCACUCAAGGACGGCAAAAGUUGACACCCGAUGCAACAAGAGAGCAGAGGGAAUCGUGGAUCCGUGCCAAAUACGAACAGCGGGCAUUUGUGUCGCCCUUGCCCGCUCAGUGCUCAGAGGGCACAAUGUCAUCCUGGCUGCUUGGAGCAGUAAUUGACAGGGACCUUCCCAGACUUCUUCACCUCCUCGCACACAGCACUAAGGAACAGAUCAACAUGCCUCCUGAAGGAGCGGUGCAGCAGCAUCACAGCGCAUUACAUGCGGCAUGUCAGCUGGGGGAUGUGGUCAUGACGCAGCUACUGGUCUGGUACGGCAGUGAUGUUAAAUCAAAGGAUCCGCAGGGCAGAAGCGCUCUCACGUUGGCACGUCAAGCCGGAAGUAAAGAAUGCGCAGAGAUUCUUCUCCAACACGGCUGCCCCAGCGAGACUUCACCCACCUCUCCCACACCCAAUCUGUCCCGUAAAAGUAGCAUCACAAGCUUGGGCCGUGUCAAUUCCAGACGGAGGGUGUCGUAACCCACGAACUGUCACUAUCAUAUAAACAUUUUUUCCUCUUUGACACAAACAGGGCCGUUUUUAUUUCUUCAUACGGAGUUGUGUGUGUUCUGUGCGUCUGUGAAAUUCUGUCCCAGGAUAUCUCCGGCAACGCUGUAUUUAUAUGCAUAUAUCCCUGCGGGUUCCUCGGAAAAGGGAACUCUGAAAAAAGAAGGAUAAACUUUAAUCGUCCAUACUAGACAACAAGCUUAAAAUGACAGAUACAAAAAUGCCUUUUUAAAAAAAUAAAUAACUGUUCUACCAAGUAAAAGCAAUAUUAUUUAUAAUAUGCUGAUCAUAGUGUAAUAUAGAUGCAUUAAAAGAUAAAAUGUAGCUUGAGAGUUUUGGGAUUGUAUUUACCAUUAGGACUGUCAUUAUCAUCGUUCUUUGAAAUAGACAUCAUGGCUGAGGGUAAUGUAAUGUAACAUGUUUAUAUCCAGAAGAAAACGUAUUUGUCAUUGUGCAUCAUUUCUAAAUACUAUAGACAAUAAACUCAGAUCUUCAAAUCUC